GCAUGAUGCUGUGUAUUAUAUGUGUUGGCGAUAAGGUGUUUGAUGUCUUCCUCCAAAUGAUGGCUGAGAAGCCCAAGACCAAAGCGCACGAGGAGGAAUUGGAGCGUCAUGCCCAAUUCUUAUUGGUCAACUUUAACCACACUCACAAGAGGAUCCGCAGAGUGGCUGACAAAUACCUCUCUGGUUUGGCUGAGACUUUCCCCCAUCUGCUUUGGAGCGGUCGUGUGUUGAAGACCAUGUUGGACAUCUUGCAGACACUCUCUCUGUCAUUAAGUGCUGACAUCCACAAGGAUCAACCAUACUAUGACAUUCCAGACACCCCCUACAGGAUAACUGUUCCUGAUACAUAUGAGGCCCGAGAGAGCAUAGUGAAGGACUUUGCUGCUCGCUGUGGUGAGAUCCUGAAAGAGGCAAUGAAAUGGGCCCCUUCAGUCACAAAGUCCCACCUACAGGAGUACUUGAACAAACAUCAGAACUGGGUCUCAGGACUGUCCCAGCAUACUGGCCUGGCCAUGGCCACAGAGAGCAUAUUGCACUUUGCAGGCUACAACAGACAGAGUACUACGCUUGGCGCUGCUUUCCCUCAGACCACCCAGCUGACAGAGAGACCAGCGUGUGUGAAGAAGGACUACUCCAACUUCAUGGCAUCACUAAACCUGCGGAACCGCUACACAGGAGAGGUGGCUGGUAUGAUCCAGUUCUCAGAGGCGACUCACAGCCAGUCAGACCUCAGCAAGAUGAUGAUCCAUCAGAUGACCAGCGCUCUGGACAGAAAAGACCCAGAGGGCUUCACCCAGGUCAUGUUCAAGAUGGCCGCCCUGCUCAUAACUACCAAAAACUGCGAUCCUCAGCUCCUGCACCAUCUGUGUUGGUCUCCUCUGAAGAUGUUUACAGAACAUGGCAUGGAAACUGCUAUUGCCUGCUGGGAAUGGCUCCUGGCUGCACACAACGGUGUGGAAGUGCCAUUCAUGCGUGAGAUGGCAGGAGCUUGGCAGAUGACAGUAGAGCUGAAGAUGGGUUUGUUUUCUGAGGCCAAGGUAGAGGCCGGCCCCCUGGCUGUCUCAGAGGAGAGUCAACCUGCACCAUGUGCACCUGAUGUCAUCCCUCACUUCCUCUGGAUAGAGUUUCUUGUGCAGAGGUUUGAGAUAGCUAAGUACAGCAGUGCUGACCAAGUGGAGAUUUUCACCGCCAUUUUGCAGAGAUCUCUGUCUCUGAGCGUCGGAGGACCCAAAAGUAGCCUAAACCGACAUGUUGCUGCCAUUGGACCAAGAUUCAGACUGCUGACUUUGGGUCUGACUCUUCUGCAUGCUGAUGUUGUGACAAAUUCCACCAUCAGAAAUGUGCUUAGAGAGAAGAUCUAUUCCACAGCUUUUGACUACUUCAGUGUCGCUCCCAAAUUUCCAACUCAGGCAGAUAAGAGGCUGAGAGAAGACAUCAGUAUAAUGAUCAAGUUCUAUGCCAGCCUGCAGUCUGACAAGAAGUAUCUGGCUGCCAGCCAGCUGGUUCCCCCAGAUCCCCAAGACAUGUCUGUGAACAGCUUGUCUGUAGUGACAGUCACGGAUAGCCGGAGCAGUCUUGAUGCCGCUGUGGGCCAGAGGCAGCAGGUUGGUCAGGGAUGGAUCAACACCUACCCUCUGUCCUCUGGGAUGUCCACCAUAUCCAAGAAAUCAGGACUAUCUAAAAAAAGCAACAGAGGCUCUCAGCUUCACAAGUACUACAUGAAACGCCGGACUCUUUUACUGGCUUUACUGGCCAGCGAGAUUGAACGGCUGACAAUAUGGUACAACCCGUUAUCCACUCAGGAGCUGGCUAUUGCUACUGAACAGUCCGUGGAGACCAGCAUCGCUAACUGGAGGUCCAAAUAUAUCAGUCUGACGGAGAAACAGUGGAAGGACAAUGUUAAUCUGGCCUGGAGCAUAGCACCGUACCUCGCCCUGCAGCUGCCUGCCAGAUUUAAAAACACGGAGGCUAUUGUCUCUGAGGUGACUCGCCUAGUGCGAAUGGAUCCAGCUGCUGUGUGUGAUGUUCCAGAAGCAGUCAAGUUCUUGGUGACGUGGCACACAAUAGAUGCUGACUCUCCAGAGCUGAGUCAUAUCCUGUGCUGGGCCCCAGCAGAUCCCCCAACUGGACUGUCCUACUUCUCCUCCCUGUACCCUCCUCACCCUCUCACAGCCCAGUAUGGGGUCAAAGUGCUUCGUUCCUUUCCUCCUGAUGCCAUUUUGUUUUACAUUCCUCAAAUUGUCCAAGCGCUUCGUUACGACAAGAUGGGUUAUGUGAGAGAGUACAUCCUGUGGGCCGCUCAGAAGUCUCAGCUUCUGGCUCACCAGUUCAUCUGGAACAUGAAGACCAACAUAUUCCUGGAUGAGGAAGGAAGCCAUAAAGACCCUGACAUUGGUGAUCUGCUGGAGCAGAUGGUGGAGGAGAUCACUGGCUCUCUGUCUGGCCCGGCCAAAGACUUCUACCAGAGGGAGUUUGACUUCUUCAACAAAAUCACCAAUGUGUCGGCCAUUAUCAAACCUUUUCCCAAAGGAGAGGAGAGGAAGAGGGCCUGCCUGGAAGCCAUGUCACAGAUCAAAGUCCAACCCGGCUGUUAUCUUCCCAGUAAUCCAGAGGCCAUAGUUUUGGAUAUAGACUACAAGUCUGGGACCCCAAUGCAGAGUGCUGCCAAAGCCCCCUACCUGGCUAAAUUCAAAGUUAGGAGGUGUGGAGUCAGCGAGCUUGAAAAAGAAGGUCUGCAGUGUCGCUCAGAUUCUGUAGAUGAGGUUAAGAGUGAAGAGGAGGCCAAGAGAAUCUGCUGGCAGGCAGCCAUAUUUAAAGUGGGAGACGACUGCCGACAGGACAUGCUGGCUCUUCAGAUCAUCAGCCUGUUUAAGAACAUCUUCCAGCUGGUGGGCCUGGAUCUCUAUGUGUUUCCUUAUAGGGUGGUGGCCACAGCACCUGGAUGUGGUGUAAUCGAGUGCAUCCCGGACUGCAAGUCUCGGGACCAGCUGGGCAGACAGACAGACUUCGGCAUGUACGACUAUUUCAGGAAUCAGUAUGGAGAUGAAUCCACACUAGCAUUCCAGAAGGCACGGUACAACUUCAUCCGCAGCAUGGCAGCUUACAGCUUGCUACUCUUCCUGCUGCAGAUAAAGGACAGACACAACGGCAACAUCAUGCUGGACAGCCAGGGCCACCUCAUUCACAUUGACUUCGGGUUCAUGUUUGAAAGUUCUCCUGGCGGGAACCUCGGCUGGGAGCCAGACAUCAAGCUAACCGAUGAGAUGGUGAUGAUCAUGGGUGGGAAGAUGGAGGCAACACCCUUCAAAUGGUUCAUGGAGAUGUGUGUGAGGGGAUACCUGGCUGUCAGGCCCUACAUGGAUGGUGUGGUCUCUUUAGUUACUCUCAUGCUGGACACUGGCCUCCCCUGCUUCAGAGGACAGACCAUCAAAUUGCUCAAGCAGCGAUUCAACCCUGGUUUGAGUGAGAAAGAUGCAGCUUCCUUCAUCAUCAAAGUCAUCCAGAACUGCUUCCUCAGCAACAGAAGUAGAACCUACGACAUGAUCCAGUAUUACCAAAAUCAGAUCCCAUACUAAAUAUUUGUGCCUAAGCAUGUGCAUAAACUGUAUUUGCUAGUACAUGGUGCGUGCGUGCGUGCGUGCGUGAGUUUGUGCCUUUGUUAAUGUUCACCAUUGUGGUUCAUUGUUUUUGCUGAUUGUUGGAUGUUGUCCUUUGUGUUUGCUUUAGCUUCUUGUUUCCUCUCAAAGCACAUUUUCUUUAUAUUAGUUGUCCAUGCCCUUAUUUAUGAAUUUAUGUUGAAAUAAAUGUUGAUAUUAAUUAUUAUUAUAUUAUUGCACUUGCAUCUUGACUUCUGUGCAUUUAGAGAAAAAAAGCUCUUGGUAAUCUGCACCUUCAGUAAAUACUUAAUCAGAGUUUGUGCCAAUUUGAAAUAUUUUGUAAUGUCUGUGAAUGUAAAUUCUUAAAGCCGUUGAUUUUAGAUGGGGUUUGAAAUGUAAUUGGAUACUUGAAGUAGACCAGUUUCAGUUUUGCCAAUGUGGCCUAUUCUGUCAUCUUGUACUUGACUGUACUACUGUGCUUCUCUUUUUAAUGGACCAGUCAGAUUUCUUUGAUCUGUGGCAUGGUACUCGUCUUGUAUUUAACAGUGACAACUGACUGUAUAGACAUGAGUUAAACUGUCUGUAUUUUUGGGUUUCUGUAUUUGCAGUUACCUCGGAGAGAAAUGAUGCACAUUAGUUCUGGGAAACAGUGGGGCAGAGUUUUGUAUAUUCAUUGCCAAAGGGAAGGGAAGGUAAUGCACAUAAAUCCAACUUUUUGUUUAUGAGUGAAGGUAAGGCACAGCUUGAAUGUUGGGCAGUUGCAUGAAGUUGGACGUUAACUAUCAUGUAGCCUGGUUCCAGCGUAGCUUCUGGUGAAUUUUAGUAAUCCAAAGUGCUGUGCCCCAUGUCCAUAUGGCUAGCUUAAGCCUUUAUGUAAUGUUACUGAUUGUAAAGAUUUUGCCUCUCUUUGUAUAUUUAUAUCCAUGACCCAUUUUUUGUCACCUUUUCUAUCUUCAUGCCUUUUGAAUGAAAAUGCAUAAGAUAUGAAAUCAAAUAAAGAUCUAUUAACUUAGU